AGUCCUCUCUCCAACCCUAUGGUGUUUUCUUAUACUGACACCAAAGAGGGGCCUACUUGUUAGAAAAGGGGAAUUGAAAGGACUAGGGCUAGGACAUGAGUUAAUGGUUUGUCCCUAGAUGGCAGCUCUUGAUAGGACAUUUGUCAUAGCCAGGAUCUGUGAAAUGGAGCCAUUGUUUGGGAGAACUGGAAGCUGGGAAAGGGUGGGCUGUAAGGAAGGAGGGCCAUAGUACUCAGAUAGGGAUAGCUGUGUGAGACCUAACCAGAGGAGCUGCCUUCAUUUGCCUGGCAAAGAGGCCCAACAAGGGAAAGCAUCCUUCAAGGUCCACCGCCAGGACAUGAGUGAGCAGCAGGAGAUGGAGGCAGAAGAGGAUGAAGGAGGCACUUCAGACACGGCGCCCAUGCUACCCCAAAGAAGGUCUGCUGACUACCGUAUCCCAGUCCUGGUAUACCCAGGGUGGCCUAUCCUGACCACCGAAGGCCUCAGGACCCUGCUGCUGCCUGGCCGGGCUCUGGUUGUGUUCCUGUGCCAUCUGCUGCUACCUGGGACAGUCUUCCUGCUGGUGUUGCUGCCAGCUGCUGCCAUUGUCUACCUGGGAUUCCUGUGCCACUCAAGGGUUCAUCCAGCCCCGGGUCCACGGUGCCGAGCGCUACUCUCCGAUCGCGGCUCUGCAGCGCUCAUUGUGUUCGGAUUCCUCUCCCUGCCGCCUCUCCUGGUACUCGCCUCCGCCGCCCGCUCCCUCCUGGUCCGGCGACUACGCCCUGUCCUGCCUACCCCGGCGAGGGCCCCCGAACCGCGCCGCCCACAGAGAUGCAGCGAAGAGGAGCUGGCGGGCGGCCGCCCUGACGAAGAGAAACAACUUUGUGUUUGGGUCUGAUGCCUCAGAGACGUCUCCGUGUCGAGAGCCUCCACUUGAUUCCAGAAAGUGGACGGACGAGUGGAGCGGCCGCCUCUGGGCUCUGAGCGCAGUGCUCGAAGUUGCCAGGAGAUGGCAACCGGGUCCCUUGGACCGGGUUGGUGCUUCUCUCUCAGAAGAGGGAGGUGAGAAGGUGCUCUGGGGUCUGCUCCCUCACCAAGCCAAUGCGUUCCACUCCUACCUGUGGUCAGCAGCCAGCUUUGCGGAUAUCUAUGCCUCCCAAAACCAAGCUAGUCCUAGAAGCUCCAGUGUGAUCAGUAGCAACCAGACUUUAUGAUUAAUCUUGAGACUCAGGAGUCAUCUUGAGUCUCAAGGUUGGCCCACGACCCAGGACAAGGCUCAAUUGUGCCUAAGUCAAACAUUUACUAGGUCAGGCUUUGCCCACACUUAGUCUGCGACCAGGAUUAGUGGCUCAGUAAGUCCAGGGUCAGCACUCUGUUUAUAGUGUGUUUGUUUUUUAAUAUAUAGUUUACUUUAUGUUCAUUGGUGUUUUGACUCCAUGUGUAAGGGUGACUACAUGUGUAUCUGUGUAAGGGUGUCCCAAGCCCUGGAACUGGAGUUACAGACAGGUGUGAGUUUCAGUGUAGGUACUGAGAAGUGAACAUGGGUCCUUUGGAAGACCAGACAGUGUUCUUAGCCACUGGGUCAUUUCUGCAGCCCCUAGUACUCAGUUUGUGUUCUGAACCAGGUAUCAAUGUGUACCCAGACCUGAAGCUCAGUCUCUGACCAGGGUUCUUUCUUCCGAGACAGGCAGCAGAGUAAGAGCCCAGUUUACAAUGUGAGAGAUUUUGUUUGUUUGUUUUGUUUUUCGAGACAGGGUUUCUCUGUAGCUUUGGGGCCUGUCCUGGAACUAACUCUUGUAGACCAGGCUGGCCUC